UAACCAUGCCAUGGUUACCUUCUCUUUCUUCUCCAAUGCUCUUCCAUUUAGCGUUGACGCAAAGCUAUCCUUUUCCCUCGUUAGAGAAAACAAAGAUCUUCAUUUCCUUUGCCACUUUCCCCACUUUUUCAACAACAACAAAAAAAAGAACCCUUCCUUUCUCAUAGCUAUGGCGUUUAGAACCUUGGAUAUCAACGUUAUCUCUGCAAAAGGCUUGAAAAACGUCAACCUCAUCGAUAAAAUGGACGUUUACGCCGUCGUUUCACUCAAGGGUGAUUCAUCGAAGCAAAAAUUGAAGACGCCGGUGCAUAAAGAUUGUGGCAAAACCCCGAAUUGGAAUUUUCCGGUCAAGUUCACCGUAGAUGAAUCAUUGGCUAAAAACAAUAAGCUUAGCAUCAAGUUCAAGAUCAUGUGUGAACGUAUAUUGGGUGAUAAAGAACUUGGUGUAGUCAACGUUCCGGUCAAAGAGCUUUUGGAUUCGCCGGGCGAUGGUGGGUCAAUGAAAUUCGUUAGUUUUCAGGUGAGGAAACCGUCAGGGAAACCUGAAGGGACACUUGACUUUUCUUACAAGUUUGGGGACAAAGUUUCGGAGCCUGUCGGAAAGAAUAAGGGUGACGAUCAUCCUCAUCAUCAGCCUGUUACUGCGUAUCCAGCGGCGCAUGUGGCGGCUGGAUCGAGUUCUGCUGUUCCGUAUGGUGGUCCGGGGGCUUAUCCACCACCACCACAAGGUGCUGGGUACGGAUACCCUCCUCCGCCGCCGCAUGCAGUGGCGGGUUAUGGUGGGUAUCCACCGCAGGGACCGCCUCCGCCUGGAUAUGGAUAUCCACCUCCUCCACCGGGGUAUGCGUAUCCUCCUCCACCACCAGGGGCUUAUGGGUACCCACCGGUGCAACAGCCACCGAAGAAGAAUAGCAAGUUUGGAUUGGGAUUGGGUGCCGGGUUGGUUGGAGGAGCGAUUGGUGGGAUGUUGAUCGGAGACAUGGUGUCCGAUGCGGCGGAUUAUGAUGGCGGCUUCGACGGCGGCUUUGAUUUUUGAUAUUUUUUGAUAUAUUUUUUUAUGUAUUUUAUUUGGGCCUUUUUUGGUUUUGUAUUACAAAGAAACUGAUAAAAGAAUGUAUUUUAUUUCCUUGUUUUAAUAUAAAGCAAAAGUAUAAUAAGGUUUUAA